CCACACCCGUGGUAUCCGCCUAUUUGUAAAGAAUACGUGAACGCGCCUCGCGCGGCAGAGCGAGUUUGUAUCCAUGAAGUCGUUACUACAAAGAUGGCGGAUUUCCUGCCCUCCCGGACUGCUAUAGUUUGUAUCCCCAAUUGUCUUCUCUCCAGCGGCGAAAUUGACCAAAUUAGAAAGUCUAAGGAGAUCGAUAAAAGCCUGUAUCGAGAGAAGACUUAUGUGAAGAAACUGGUGAAGAUCUUGCUGUUAGGAGCAGGCGAAAGUGGCAAGUCAACUUUCCUCAAACAAAUGCGCAUAAUUCAUGGGCAGGACUUCGAUCAGCGGGCCAAAGAAGAGUUCCGGGCUACGAUCUACAGCAAUGUUAUCAAAGGUGUCCGAGUGCUGGUGGAUGCCCGUGAGAAGCUGCACAUCCCUUGGGGAGAUCCUGAGAAUCAGGUUCAUGGGGAGACAGUGAUGGCCUUUGACACCCGCUCGUCCCUGAUGGCCAAAGGGAUGGUGGAGACCAAAGUCUUUCUGAACUACCUGCCCUCCAUCCGUGCCCUGUGGCAAGACAGUGGUAUUCAGAAUGCUUAUGACAGACGGAGAGAGUUUCAGCUGGGUGAAUCUGUGAAGUAUUUCCUGGACAAUGUGGAUAAACUUGGACAAUUGGACUACUUGCCCAGCCAAAAGGAUAUACUGCUGGCACGAAAGCCCACCAAGGGUAUUCAUGAGUACGACUUUGAGAUCAAGAAUGUUCCUUUCAAGAUGGUGGAUGUGGGAGGGCAGCGGUCAGAGCGCAAACGAUGGUUCGAGUGCUUCGACUCUGUGACCUCCAUCCUUUUCUUAGUCUCAUCCAGUGAAUACGAUCAGGUGCUCAUGGAAGACCGUUUGACCAACAGGCUCACAGAGUCGCUCAACAUCUUUGAGACUAUCGUCAACAACCGCGUCUUCGCCAACGUCUCCAUCAUUCUCUUCCUCAAUAAGACAGACUUGCUGGAAGAAAAAGUUAAGAAUGUGAACAUCAAGGACUACUUCUCCGAGUUCACAGGGGAUCCCCACAAUCUGCAGGAUGUUCAGAAGUUCCUGGUCGAUUGCUUCCGUAACAAGCGUCGUGAACAGCAGCAGAAGCCCCUUUACCAUCACUUCACCACCGCCAUUAACACAGAGAACAUUCGUCUCGUCUUCCGUGAUGUCAAAGACACCAUCUUGCACGACAACCUUAAACAGCUUAUGUUACAAUGAAAGGCCUUUAAGAACAUUCCAUUUUAAUUAGGUUUUUACUUUAUUUAAUACAAAGUACAAGUGGUUCAAUACAUAUUGUGGUUGAAGAAAAAUAGAUGGUAUAAUUAUGCAACUUUAAUUUUUUUUUUUUUUGCAUAUUAUUACAGUCAUAUAUAUGCAAGAAUUUGAUAUCAAAGCAACCUUUUUAAGCUGCUUGUUGCCAUGUCAAAUAUGCCAAGGAAUGGUCCUCAGUUAUUCACCAAAAUGCUGUAAUUCUGUUUACUGUAGGUUUAUGAGCGCAUAUUUUCGUAUAAUAGAACUGUUAACACUCCUGUAACCCAUUGUCUUGACACCUGGUUUUGGUAAAGCUUUUCAAAAAGAAAGUGUGAGAACUCAGGGCUUUAAAUAUUUAAUUCAAAGAGCUCUUCUGCUCCAGUCAGCAGUUUAUGGGCUUGAUGUGUCUGGUUAUAUAAGGCCCCAGUGUCUGUUUUUUGAAAGUAGAACAUGGUUUCACUGCCUUAGUCUUCCCACAGUCAAAAUAACUUUUUGUUGCACUCGCAUCAUGAUAUUAAAUUAGUACAAUUAAGGUACUUUUGUAUGAAGUACUUAUGUCAUAUUACAUUUUUUCAUGUGUAAAGGGAAGGUGUCUUUGUUUGCCGUUCAAGCCUGUACAGAAUGUCUGUACAAUUCCCCACCCCCAAGCUGUAUAUUUUACACACUAAGGUAAUACCAUACAUUUAUUGUAUGUAUUCUCGAAGCCCUGAAAUCCAAUACAUUUUUUUUUUUUUUUUUUGAUGAAUUCACUUUAAAAACAGAAAGUAGCCUUAUGUCUUUGUUCCUGUGUAGGUUAAAGUGGACAGCUUUAGCUCAGGGUUUUAUAAAAUGACUGAUAAAGCAGUCCAGGUGUAUUUCUGUGUAUUGGUUACUACAGACUUUUUUCUUUUUUUUUUAACAGGCCAAGCAAAGUCAUCUUUGCCAUAAAUGUCUGUAGAUCAAUCAAAGCUGGUUUAAUGCAAGAUAAAUUAAAAUGUGUUGAUGGAGAGACUAAGUCUUAAUGUAAUCUUAAUGAAAACAAGCACUGUAAUCUGACUGUUGGUAGUAAAUUGAUAUUAACUGAUUGCCUGAAUUAAGGUGUUUAUGUAUAGAAUCUGUACAAAAAAUUUGUUCAUGCAAUGCUGUCUAUCUUUGUCAUGGCCAUAAUCACUUGCUUUUUGUGUAGUGUGUUUUCUUAUUGUUUUUUUGUUGAUCACAUUUGUGUAAUUCUGUUUAUUAAAUCUGAUUAUUUUAUCAGAA